AUGUCUUGCACCCUCUUCCUGUGCCAGCGCUGCAAUGAGCCCCUCAAACUCUCAAAGGAGCUCCUUGCGAUGCAGAGGGCACCCUCAGAAGCCCAGGAUCAUGCCAGCCCCUCCACAGAGAUGCCGGUCUCUGGGGAACCAGAGGCCAGCACCUCCUGCACGUCUCACCCUGACGGUGGCGAGAAGUCCCAGGAACGUGUCUUUACUCUGCUUGGUGAGUUUCUCUCUCUGAGAUCUUUGACCAUUAUCCAAAAUACUACUAUAGAGACCGCUGAAAUCCUCUCGGGCCAAAAGGACGUGGAUCACCCGCUGUGUGUGGACUGCACCGAUAGUCUUCUGAUGCAACUAGACGCCGAACUCACUCUCACUGAGUCUGACAACCAGACCUACAGGAGCUUCGUGAAGAGAGAGCUGAUGGUGACUGACGAGGAGAAGCUCCAGGCUGAGCUGUUGUGUCUGGAGCAGGAGGAGGCAAAGCUGGCUCAGGAGCUGGAGGACGUAGACCACCAUUGCGCAAGAGUGGCCGCUGACCUCCAAGCAGCCGAGGCAGAGAACAAGAAGCUCUAUCAACAGAAACAGCAGUACUGGAUGGAGUAUUCGGCCUUGAAGAUGGAACAGCUGGAGCUGAUGGACCAGCUAUGCAGUGUAGAGAACCAACUGGCGUGGGCCCUGAGGCAGCAGCGGCUCUUGAAAGAGACCAGUAUCUUCAAUAGCACGUUUACCAUCUCGGUGGAGGGUCCCUUGGGCGUAAUCAACAAUUUCAGGCUGGGCUGCCUCCCGGGACUCCGGGUGGGAUGGAAUGAGAUCAACGCCGCCUGGGGACAGACAGCCUUACUGCUCUUCAGCUUGUCCAAGAGAGCUGGACUGCAAUUCCAGAGGUACCAACUGGUUCCCCGCGGGGCCCAUUCCUACCUAAAGUCCUUGACUGGGGAUGAGGUGUUGCUGUUGUUUUCCGACGGGAGCCACAGCGUCUUUUUGAAUAACAAGUUUGACUGCGGGAUGAAGGCCUUCCUGGACUGUCUGGAGCAGUUCGUGGAGAAGGCUGAGAAGGCCAAGGGAUAUCUCUGCCUGCCCUACAGGGUCCACGUGAAUGAAGGCAUGAUGGAGGAUGCCUGGGGCACUGGGGAGCGCUACGCCAUCAGGACCCAUCUGAACACCGAGGAGGAGUGGACAAAGGCCCUGAAGUUCAUGCUUACCAACUUGAAGUUGAUUCUUGACUGGGCUUCCCUAAGGUACUGCCAGCACUAA